AUGGCAGAUGAAAGCCUUAACAAUAAGCUCGAGAGGCUACUUGUCCUAAUGGAGGCUCAACUAGAGUUGUCCAGACAAGCCCAAUGUGAGGAGUGCCUAUGCUGCACUCACUUGAGUGAAGAGGAGACUGUGGCUGGCAUCAAUUAUGAGAAGUAUGCUUCCCCCACUGGGCCCAGAUACCUCAAACCCUGGGUGGACCUGUACAACAGGCCUAUGAUGGAUCUGUACAGCCUCAAGCAAGAGGACAACACCAGUGCAGCAGGAGACCCCAACCUCUUGCAAUUGAAGCCAAUUGCCACCCCAUUCCCCAAGUUCAACCCAAGGGAUGUUGAGAUUUUCAUUCUCAAAGCCGAAGCCUGGUUCAAGUUCAACCAAGUUUAUGAGCAAGCAUGCAUGAUCAAUCACAUGGGUGCUCAAUUGGAAGGGAAUGCUUGCAAAUGGUGGACCUCCAAGCUCUGCAUUGACAGAGCACAGGAAGGGAGACUGUUCCAUGACUGGCACUACUUUACCAAGCACCUAGCAGAACAGUUCAAUCCUCAUAACACCAGGAUGGAGGCAUACAAUAAGUUGCUUGCCCUCCACCUUACUAGUGAUGCACCAGGGGCUGCCACAUGCCAUGUCAAACAUUUCAGAGACUUGGAAGGACAAGUCAACCUAGAUGAUAAUGAGCUAGUCAUAGAUCUUUUCCAGGGCAGUCUCACAUGCAGCCUGCAAGAGAAGUUUGAGUGGAACCCACCAGUGAAAAGGUGGGAAUGGUACCAAGAGGUCAAAGAGAUCGACCAGCAGAGGAUGCUAUUACUGCAGUCCACUGCUAGGCACCCAAGUGUCACUCCACCACAACCAAACUCAGGAGGCCAGCCUAUGCCACCAGCUCCAAGUUUGUUCCCAGCUCACCAGCUGGCACAAGCUUACCCAGCUUGUCUGCUGGCACAGGCAACUCAGGGAAACCCUGGCUGGCCAACCAAUUGGCUUUUUCCACACCAGCUUGUUCAGGGCCCAAGACAGAGGAGCCCUGCAACGACAAACAGCAGUGCCUGUCACUUGUGCAAAGGCAUCAGACAUUGGGCCAGAGACUGUCUGAGCAAGAAGCAGGAUCCCCUGGGCCCAUGA